GUUGAGCUUUUUGAGUAUAGAACACUGCUAUUGUUGAUUACUUGUGAAUUUGUUGCAGGGCACCCAAGUUCACGUUGACACCAUAGAUGAGAAGCCCCCCAAAGCCAGCUUCAGCUCCCCAUUGUGCACUCUUAAGUCCAUUGGCUGCGAGAUGUCAUGCAAGCCUCCAGGUGAAGAGAUUUCCCACAAAUCAACACUAGCAAUACUUAACAAGGUUUCAAACUAUUCAUGGGAAUCCAAGGCUGUGCUGGCCCUUGCAGCCUUUGCUUUGGAAUAUGGAGAGUUCUGGCUGCUUGCCAACAUUCAUCAAUCUGACCUCCUUGCCAAGUCUGUGGCAAUCCUUAAGCGAGUGCCGGUGCUUCUGAAGCCUGCCAAUCUCCAGAAGCGCCGGCAAGCGGUUGUUGAGCUCAACGUUCUGAUCAAGACCACAUUGCAAGUGAUUGAGUGUAUCUUUGAGCUGGAGAAGCUUUCUACUUAUGAUCCAAAGGAUGUGCCAGCACUGGCAAUUGCAAUGGAUCAUAUCCCUGUGGAUGUCUAUUGGUCUAUCAUAACUAUUGUAGCUUGUGCCACGAAGAUCACCCUUCUCACUAGUGACGAGGAGAAACCCUAUGACCUAUCCCAGUUUGCUCAAAAAAUCCACUACAUCCUUAACAAGCUUAAGAUACAAUUGUUGAUCUGCAAAAAACAAAUUGAGGAGGCAGAGACCUAUCGAAAGUUGAGGAAACUUUUUCAGACCCCUGCCGAAGUUAUGGAGGUUUUCAAGGCCCUGAUUUUCACCAAGGAUACUGUGCAGCCAAUCAUUGAUGGUUCUACUAACAAAACGGUUAACAUUGAUGUGCUGAGGAGGAAGUAUGUGCUGUUGUUCAUCUCCACCCUGGAUAUUUCUGAUGAUGACAUUGCGAUACUCAAACCGGUUUAUGAGGGAACAAAGAAAGAGGAUAAGUAUAAGAUUGUGUGGAUCCCCAUUGUGGAGCAAUGGACUGAUGAGCUACGAAAGAAGUUCGAGCUCUUGCGGGCCAAGAUGCCGUGGUACACGGUGCAGUAUUUUGCACCUGUAGCCGGCAUCAGGUUCAUCAAGGAGGAGUGGCACUUCAAGGGUAAGCCUGCAGUGGUGGUGAUGAACCCACAGGGCAAGGUGGAAAACACCAAUGCCCUCCACUUGAUUCGGGUUCAUGGAAUGAAGGCCUUUCCUUUCUACAAAGGGAUAGAAGAUAAAAUCACAAAUGACAGAGAAUGGAUCACCCCCAUUGUGAAUGAUAUUCACCCAAGCAUACAGACCUGGAUCAAAGAGGAGAAGUACAUUUUCUUCUAUGGAGGCAAAGACAAUGACUGGAUCCAGCAGUUCACAAAGAAAGCAACCAUCAUUGCAAAUGAUCCCUUCAUAAAGGACCAAAAGAUCAACAUUGAGCUGUUCUGUGUUGGGAAGAGCCCCAAAGGAGGGGAAGACCUUGGCAUUCUUGGGCGCUUUUGGAAUGGCAUAGAGAGCUUGUUCUUCACCAAUGUCAACAAGCAAACUGACACUGUGACCAAAGAAGUCCAAAAGCUGCUUUCCUACAAAAACGAGAGUGGAUGGGCCGUGCUUAGCAAAGGGUCUACCGUGGUGGUGAGCGGUCAUGGCUUCACAAUCUUGAAGGUCCUCGACGACUUCGACACAUGGAAGAACUUCAUAAAGGAAAAGGGAUUCGAACUUGCAUUCAAAGCACACCAUGAGAAGGUGAUUCAGACUGUGAAGCACUGCAGCCGCCUGGAUAUCCCAACUGUUGCUGGGAAGGUGCCUGAGACCAUGAAAUGCCCCGAGUGUCCUCGCACCAUGGAGACAUAUGUGAGCUACAAGUGUUGCCACACUGAUGGUCCCAUUAACGCACAUCACUAAAGCUCUUGUUAUUGUUGAGUUUAUGAGGGCAUCAGAUGAGAAUAAGUAUUAUGCUUUCUGUUUUUCUUCUUGUUUUGGCUUCUACAAUAAUCAUGGGCAUUUCAUUACUUUGGUAAUGUGAUGUCCACCAAUGUGAGUAUGAGUCUGAGUCUGAGUCUGAGUGUUGUGUGUGUGUCCAGUAUUGCGAAUGUAAUGUUCAUCUUUGUUGUUGGAUGUUGUCAUGUUAUGUGAUCGGCCACAACUUUUUCAUCAUCGCUAUAAUAUGUAUUUUCCUCGAAUUA